AUGACCAACGAUAAUGACAAGAAGGAUAACAUUGGCUCCAGUGCCAGCAAGGACGAUUCCUUAUCGCCCAUUUCCGACUUUAUUGAUUUGACCGACAAAACACUCGAUCGCAUGUACCGAAAUGCCUCACAAUUGUACAAUGAUUACCAAGGCCGCUGGUCAGAUUCAGUUGAUGAUACUCUCUCAACCUCUAUCCCCACGUUUUUCCGCGAACGUGCAGAUAACUUUUUCCAACAUAACCCAUGGUUUUCGUCCUCUUCAGACGAAGACAGUGGCUUCUCAAGGCUUCCUUGGAAAUGGAAUCACAGCCGUAACUGGAACUCUUCAUUGGACGUUUUCCAAGUCGAGGGUGAUUCAGAGAGUAACGAAAAUGUUGGAGCUUCAGGUUCAUUGACUACAACCACAGGUGAUUCAUUGACGUCUCCGCAAACAAUUGAAUUGGAUCAAUCCAAGCCUAGAAACCUUUGGGCUUUCCCUGUUCCUUCCACUCGCCAGUAUGACAACUGCAAGGAGCUUCAGGGCACUUCUUUGUGGACUCGUGAGGGUGUCUGGCGCUGUUUGUUCCCGAAAUCUUCUUCUGACCAAGCUCGUCUUGAUCAGGCUUUAGAAAAGUCCAAGAAUGCAGAUUAUGCAUCUGCUUCUAACACCACUGAUCCUUCUACAUCUUCAACUUUAACUGAAACACAGGUCUUUUCAGAUUUUACUACAUAUUUGGACUGGAAGUCAGCCGUUAGAAAAGCCAUUGCGGCCAAGCGUCGUCUUGAACGCGCCGAGUGGCAAAAACAGUUUGACAGUCAGUUUGGCGAUAAAUCUCCUCAGCAAUAUCAGUCAGGUCAAUUGACUACUUCUUCACCCAAGUUUAUUACUGAAGAAGAAGCUAAGGCUCAAAACAAAAAGGUGGUUUCGUCUGCUUACUCGUCAACAACUGUCACUAAGGAUGAUGGCUCGCUGGAAACGAGAAAAGUCAUUGAGAAAUGGUACGAUGAUGGUACUGCUUCUGUAACUGAAAAGAUUAACAAUUCUCCCAAUGAUGGUAAGGGGAACGAUGGCACUUCUGGCUGGUUCUGGAAGUAA